AUGACAGAUUGCAUAACAAUCGAAGAUGAUAGCGAUGACGAAUUUUUGAGGGAUAAUAGCAAAGAAUUCAAAUAUUCAACUCCCACCCGAUAUGUAGAUGGAUUUCUUGUAGAAGAGAAUGAAAAUGAAAUGGAGGAAUAUGAAAAGAAUAAUAUAGAGUGGUCAGAUGAUGAUAAACAAAUAAAACAUAUUUAUAUUAAUAAUAAUAACAACAAUAGCACUAAUGGCUCUAAUAAUAAUAAUAAUAAUAAUAAUAAAAAUUGUAAUGAUAAUGUAAAUAAAAGUAUAGAUUUAGAAGAAGAAAUUAGUAUAGUUUCAGUAAAUAACAGCAAUAUUAAUAACAAACCGAUUUUAAAUAAUAAAAAGAGAUCCAAUGAAGAUAUUGUUUGGGUAAAUAAUAGUUCUCAACUAAAAUUGGUCACCUCACCAUUCUCGGCAAAAAUAAAUAGUAAAAAUAACAAUAAUGAUAUUCAAAUUGUAAAAAUAAAUAAUGUAAAUAAUAUGAACAAACACAAAAUAGAUGAAAUAAGAAAUGCUUCAGUAAAUAAUAGUAAUAAUAGUUAUAAUAAUGGUAAUUAUAAUAAUAAUAAUAAUAAUAAUUAUAAAAAUAUUAAUAAACUACCGAGUCAAUCACCAGUUAAAGCACCAAAAACAACAACUACAACAACCACAACAAAUACCCUAUCAACAAUAUCCUCAAACAACAAUAGCAGAUUUUAUGAUUUAGAUUUUACAGCAUAUCAAAAAAUUGAUGACCAAAAUGUUAAAAAAAUUAAAGAUCAAUAUAAAAAAGGUGCAAAAAUUUAUUAUGAAAGAAGUCGUAUUAUUGAUUCUGAUAUAGUUUUUGAAUUAGACAAAGAAGAAGAAGAAGAAUGCCAGGAAAUACCUAACCCAAAUCCGGAGGAAAUAAAAAAACAAAUAAUCCAAGGAAGAAGUAAUGAUGAUGAAUUUUGGUAUAGACAAAUUGAUGAAAGAUUAUUAAAGCCACAUCACUUUUAUAGUACCAAUAAAACAAUUAAAGUAGAGGAGGAUAGUGAAAAUGAUGAUGAAGAUUUUUCGGUUUUUGAAAAUAGUAACGGUUUUAGAAGAAUUUUAAAUUUUCAAAUCCCAGAGAAAUGGUUAUUACAUGUUUGCCACGAUCAACUAAUUGGAAUUAUCUAUGACAGCAAUUAUAAAAAGAAACGUGUGAAAUUUGGUGAUGAAAUAUUUAUCAAAUCUUGUAUGGGUUCACUUUAUGUUUCCUUAGCCAGAGAACCAAAAGAUACAAUUGGUGUUUUAAGAUCAGAUGAAAAGAAAAGUACCAACUAUCAAAGCGAAUUACAUCUUUUGAUAACAGCUGGUUUUAUUAAAGUUAAUGGGAAGAUUACUGAGUUUAGUUUAGAUAAGUGUGAUAUAGAUAUUUAUUUGACACAUAAAAAUCUGUUAAACGAUAAAGUUGACAAAGUCAAACCAGGCCCAAAUAAAAGUGAGUCAAGUCAAAGAAUUGAUGUUUUACAACAGUUUUUAAACAAAUUAUUCAAGAGUAGAUUAAUUUAUAGGGAUUUUCAACUUGACACAGAUGGUACAACAGAAGAUGUUAAUGGUUCAAUUAAAGGCUAUAAUCGUACCAAUGACGAUAAAAAAGUAAAAAAAGUAUUAGAAAAGAUUCAACAACCAGAUUUCUUAAGAACAUCAUUACUUGGUUUUCAAAGAGAAGGUAUUUGGUGGAUGCUAAAGAGAGAAACUCAUCCGUAUGUAACAUUUAGCGAUGCUCAAGAUAAAUAUUGGUUUUUGUAUACAACAGCAAAGGACGAAAUUCCAUUUUAUUUAAACUCUUUCUGUGAUAAAAUAACAUUUUUUGAACCGAUUACAAAAAGAAGACUAUAUGGUGGGCUAAAUUGUGACGAAGUGGGCCUUGGUAAAUCAAUCCAAAGUAUUACGUUAAUACUAACCAACCAUCCAGAGUUUUCAAAAAAUAAAUAUCAAGAAAGAGCAUAUAAAGACUUUGAGAAGCAAAUUGCAAAUAGAAGCAGUCAUCUUAAAAGAAGUAGUAUGGUCAAUACAAAUUCAAAAUAUUUAACAAAGCCAAAGGCAACUCUGCUUAUUUGUCCAUCUAAUCUUUCUGAACAAUGGAAAGGAGAAAUGGAGAAGCAUAUAAAACCAGAAAUAUUCAAUAGCUUAAAAAUUGUUAUAUAUAAAAAUGCAAAAAGAAAAGAAUACACCAUCAAUGAUUUACUCGAGGCUGAUCUCGUAAUUACAAGUCCAGAAACAUUCACAAUUGAAUAUAGAGUCUUUGAACAAGCUAUUCGUGGUGGUACAUCCAAAAAUCCUUCACCACCACCAUUAUUAAGUGUUCAUUGGUGGCGUGUUAUUAUUGACGAAGCACACAGGUUCGGUAAAAAAACUAUAUUUUUUAGAGGUAUUCAAAAUUUAGAUUCGAUUAAUCGUUGGUGUUUAACUGCAACGCCCACACCAAAUACAGUUCACGAUUUAUAUCCUAUGUUACAUUUUCUAAACUGCUAUCCAAUUGCGCAAAAUACAAAAACAUGGGAUGAAAUAGUCAAUAGGUAUCAAGUUGCUGGUGUUAAAGAGUUUGUAAAUCCAAUUCUUAUUACAAGAAAUAAAAAUGACUCUGGUGUUAGACAAGUCAAAAGACAUGAAGAGAUUGUUAAAUUGGAUUUCGAUAAAGAAGAAAAGAUGGCUUAUUCAUUGGUAUUUAAAGAAUCAUCAGAGGCUCUCAAAAAAAUUGAAAAUAAAGGCGGCUUAAUGAGACAUUAUGCAUUAAUUUUUUCGUUGAUUACAAGACUAAGAACAUGCUGUGAUCAUAUUACUUUGGUUGCCCCAAAGAUUUCAGAACUGGAAAAAGAAAAAGUUUGCAAUUUAUGUAAUGAUGUAACUAAAGACCUACUAUAUAGCAAAUGUAGCCAUAUUUAUUGCCAAGUAUGUAUUGACAACAUAUUUUCAAGGUGCAAUUCAUUUUUAUGUGAAAGAUGUGACUCAACUAUUUAUAAAAAUGGUUUCACAAAAGAAAUAAAAGUAAAGGUAGUAGAAAAAAGUGAAACAGAAGAGAUGAUUGAGCUUUUAAAUGAUGUUAUUCCAGAAGGUGUAAAGAUAAAGAAAAUUAAAAACCUUACCAAAAAAAAGAAAGAUGAUAAAGAAGAACAAGAGUUUAGAAAAGAAAAAGAAGAAUUAGACAAAGAGAUUCUUGGAUCUAUCGAAAGACUAAUGGCCCAAGAAAAUAUUCAAAGAUAUCAGUGCCGAUUGUAUUCAACUAAAAUUAAAGCCCUUUUUGAAGAUAUUCAAAACAAUAUGGUUGAUACCAAUUAUUCUUAUAUUGAAGAUGACCACGAUGAUUUCCAAAUAAAUAAAAAUAGCAUUAGUAACAAUAAUAAUAGUAAUAAUGAAAUAGAUGAACAUUCAAAUGAUAGUUAUAUAAUAGAUGAUGAUGAUGAUGAUGAUGAAUACAAACCACUAAAAUCAUCAAUAUCAUCAGAAUCAUCAGAAUCAUCAACAACCAGAAACAGAACCAAAAUCAACAAUAGUUUUGAUGAAUUAAUUAAUUCCGAAGAUGAAGAAGAGUUUGAAAAAGAAUUUACAAUAAAUGAACCAAAGAAAAAGAAAUUAAAAUCAAAAGAAAAGAAAGUGCCAACACCAAAGAAGAAGAGUCAAAAGCAAAUUGAAAAGGAAAGAGACGAAGAACUAAGCAAACUACCAUUGCCAGAAGGGAAAAAUCAAUUUAAAUGUUUAGUAUUUUCACAAUGGACCAGAUUUUUAGAUUUAAUUGAGGAAUGUUUUAAACAUAAUGGUUGGAAUUUAGAUGAACAUUAUUGUAGAUAUGAUGGUAAAGUUCCACUUAAAAAAAGAGAAAGUAUCAUUAAAGAAUUUAGCAGGGAAAGUGGUGGCCCUAGAGUUAUGUUAAUCUCGUUAAAAUGUGGUGGCGUUGGUCUUAAUUUACAUAGAGCUAACAUGGUCUACAUGUGCGACCCUUAUUGGAACUCUGCUGUUGAAGAACAAGCUAUUGGAAGAGUUGACCGUUUAAAUCAAACUCGUGAUUUAAAAAUCAAAAGAUUCGUUAUGAGAGAUACCAUUGAAGAAAGAAUCAUGGCAUUGCAAGAUACAAAAAAAAUCAAUAGUAAUAUUAUUUUAUCAGAUAGUUUUGACACCCUCGAAUUUAUUGAUAAUUGUCGAUUAUCUGUAGAAGAUAUAAAGGCUUUAUUUAGAGAUUUUUAUAUUAACAACAUGGACAAUAAUAAUAUCAACAAUGGUACCCCACGACAAACAUCUCCAACAAUUGCCUCAUCUUAUAAUAAUAAUAAUAAAAACAAUAAUCAUAAUAUAAACCAUAACAAUUUUCGAUAUAAAAGUCAAGAUAGCACAUUUAACGAUGAGGAAAUAUCAUAUCUUCGAGAAUCAACACCAACUAAACAAACACCAACUAAACAAACACCAACUAAACAAACACCAACAAAACAAAACAUUAGCUAUAGAAAUAUAAACUCAAGUGUAAAUAAUAACAAUAAUAAUAAUAAUCACAACAGAGAAAAACAAAUUGUAAAUAUUGAUUAA